AACGAGGAACAGCUCUGGUAAAUCAGAGCGCGCAUACAUAGUAGCUUUAAAGCGCUACUUGCUACAGAAGCACCCCGCCAAACUUCACCCUCCAAUACCCACGCUCUCGUCCUUCUCUCCCACUGUUUCGUUGGCGUCCUAGGCCAAUAGCUGUGGACAUGCCACCCCUCGAUGUUCCUACGGACAUCGACCAGCCUCAUGAGCUAGAGGCGGUGGACAUUCCACCGCCCCGGGACUCCCAACCCAACCAUAGGGCAUGGACAUCCGUCCACCCUUUCUGUGCCGUCGUAGCCGCUGGGAAUGUUCUAUUCCCAGUGAUCGAUCCCCUUCUGGUCUCCCGCGUGGACUUUUGUCUUCGGCUUCCCAUUCUCCUCCUGUGCGUUGGCCUCGCAUCCUUCUGUUGUUCUUGUGUCUUGCGUUGUCUCUUCUCCCACCAUUUCUGCGCCCUGCGGUGUAUCUUCUCCCGCUUCUGUUCGUGAACCCUGUAGUGUUUGGUCACCUCGCGCCAUUUUGGCUGUUGCUCAUUCUCCGUCUUCCUCGUCUCCGGAUUUUUCGGUUGCUGCUUCGCCUCUGCCUUUUUCUUCUUCUUCUCGCUUGGCUUCUCCUGCUCCUGCCGGCCCUUCGCCCGGAUAAGGCAAGGGUAAGGAAGUUGAGCGUACGCUUGCACCUUUUGCGACUUUACGUGCUCCUCUUCUUUUGCUGGCUCGUCGCCUCAGAGUACUCCCUGUUUGUCAGGCAAAUUUCCUGAGAGUGGGUCUCUCAGGAAGAUAGCGAUGCCCACUGGUCGCUUUGCCUUUAGUUCGCGGAAGGUUUACCUUCUGCCAAGAUUUUUUCUUCUUCUUCGCGCUUCCGUAUCCUGCGCCUUCGGCAUUGCGCCGUUGGGUUUGUCGUCGGUUGGCGGUGCUAAUGCAACAUGCUGGCUCAGUGUUGCAACCCGCCACUCCCUUCAUUCCUUUUUCUCCACCUUCGUUGGCUCAUUCUGCUCUUUUGCCUUCCGUGGCUCUUAACGCCACCACCACGAUGAAUUGCGGGACGGUACUCCUCCUUCCAUGGCAUCCUGGGACAGGAUGAUUAUCCCACUAGAGGCUGAGGCCAAUCUCAGCCCAGCGAAUGGUCCUGUCUGCGUGCCUAUCGGACGUUGAAGUCGUAAUUAGCCCUUUAUACUCUCUAAUCAAACUG